AUGAGCCAUUCUGGAUGCUGGCCCAGCUUCCCCUCUGGGCCAGCAUUACAACUUUAUGGAGGGCCUAUUUAUGGCCCAUCAAAGACACACAUACACACAUCCCAGACCCUGGAAAGGCCCAGGCGAGGAGGGCUGCGUGUGGAAGACUCUGCAUCCCUUUGGGGAACACACAAGCCCUCUGCAGAGGGUCUCUCGGUGGCAGGGUCCCUUGGGCCACAUCGAUCAACAGCUGCAAGCAAGAGGCAGACACCAGAGCAGCAAGGCUGCCCCACGCCUCACGGAGACACAGAGCGGCAACUUGGCCGUGUGAACUCCAAAGAAAGGAAAGAAGGAAAUAGAGUGCCUGUUAUUUCAUGGAGCAGAAAAAGCUACACCUUGGAGGUGAAUGAUCGAUAUUAUUCUAAGCGAGGUGUAGCUCAGGGCAGAUUGAAAACACAUGUUAGUGCUCACUCACGCCACAUCAGCGCGGCUCAUCCUGGGAGGAGCGUGGCGUCCCAGGCCCUGGGGUGCUCGGACGCGGCGCGUGCCCCUCCCUGCCUGGCUGCUCCACACUUCCUCAGCAGAGGUGAAUGGGAAACGCAGGAAACCGUGACCGGCUGUGAGCCGGAAAUCGUGUGUCGUUUUCGCUUGCUUCUGGGCUUCUUCUUGUCCAUCACAGAAGGCCGGGUCCCACGAGGCUAGCUCACUCAGCGCUGUGUCCACAACACAUCAGCAACGGGUGACGCAGCUGAAACCAGGGUCUUCCGAAGGCUUCCUCCUGAUCAACAACAACAACAACAACAACAACAACAACAAGUAUGGAGCAUUCCUCACCCCCUCUUCUCCCUCAUGGUCAGCUGAUUAACUCUUUCCAAGAAAGAAAGAGGCUCUAUUUUCAUCAUUUGUUUAGGCGUCUUGGAGCUUUUUAUACCAACUUUGUAUCAUCUGGACUAGAUAUUCGUGAUAAACUGCUUAGGUAUUAUGUGCCUUUUAUGUGGCUCUGUCUCGGUCUCCCCAGUGGGCCUCACACUUAGUUUUAGAAGGUAUCAAGGUGGCAGACAUAUAUACUCACAAGAUAAACAGUGGGAAAUGGGUCCAUGGAUGAGACUGAGCGAUGAACGGCAUGAUGUUAGGUCCAGAGCUCGCUCCUCUCCCGUGUAAGAGAAAGGCAGUAAGACCUGAGCGUUGCAGUAGGUCUACAUGAUGACCUUACAUCACCUGUCUGUCUACUGAAGCUGCUCACACACAGA